GGUUGUGGAGAGAGCCACGUACCUGGGGCCCCCUGCUGGGAGCUUUGGGUAGCUCCUCUGGGCUAGCUGGAUUUGUGGCUCGGGGAGAGACCGCAUUGGUGGGCCCCGGGGGAAAUGGCUGGGUUUUCUGGUCUCUGGUUGGCUCUUAUAAUCUCCAAACUUGCCCCAGCCUCCCUCUUCCUGUCAGUUGUAUGAAGCUCCCGGAGCCCCUUGGGAGGCGACUUCUUGCCUCAGGCCCCCUGUCCACUUGCCUGCCCGCACAGACUCCCAGUGGGGAACCCUCUGUCCACCUCGCUGAGGGGGCAGCAGACGCCACAGGACCACCACUCAGGCAGCUAGCACUCACUGAUCUCACCCUGUGCCUGGGUGUCUGUUGGGCUCAGGAUCCAGGCAAUUCAGGCAGACGCCUGCUGGGAGGCUCAUAGCUCCUUUACUGAAGACGGGCGCCCCUCCCCCCAGCCCUGCAGCUGCCUCUCUGGACAGAGGGAGGGGGAAGUGGCCAGAAGGGGAAGUGUGAGGAGUUCCCCUCCGGCCUGUCACCAGUCUCAUCAGGCCCUCGGAGUGGCAGUCCCGGGGCCUGGCAGCGGCCAUGGAGCCUCGGGAGACUCCCAUCAAGGACGGCAUCCUCUAUCAGCAGCACAUCAAGUUCGGCAAGAAGUCCUGGCGGAAGGUAUGGGGUCUGCUGUAUGCAGGAAGCCCAUCAGGUGUGGCACGGCUGGAGAGCUGGGAGGUCCGGGAUGGUGGCCUGGGGCCAGCAUGUGACAGGUCUGCAGGCCCCAGCCGGCGUGGGGAACGGCGGAUCAUCCGCCUGGCUGACUGUGUGUCUGUGCUGCCGGCUGACGGUGAGAGCUGCCCCAAGGACACUGGUGCCUUCCUGCUCACCACCACAGAGCGAAGCCACCUGCUGGCCGCGCAGCAUCGCCAGGAAUGGAUGGGCCCCAUCUGCCAGCUGGCCUUCCAGGGCAUAGGGGAGUAUUCCUCAGGACCAGGGGAGGUGGAAGCUUCCAAGAGGGGCCUGGUCCCCAUGGAGGAGAAUUCCAUCUACUCCUCCUGGCAAGAAGUGGGCGAGUUUCCAGUGGUGGUGCAGAGAACCGAGGCUGCCACCCACUGCCAGCUGAAGGGGCCCUACCUCCUAGUGCUAAGCCAAGACACCAUCCAGCUGCGGGAAUCCUCCAGCCCCCAGGCCCUCUACACCUGGCCCUACCGCUUCCUGCGCAAGUUCGGCUCUGACAAGGACGUGUUCUCCUUUGAAGCCGGACGCCGCUGUGACUCGGGCGAGGGUCUCUUCGCCUUCAGCAGCCCCCGAGCCCUCGACCUGUGCAGGGCCGUGGCCGCUGCCAUUGCCCGCCAGCAGGAACAGCUGCCAGAGCAGGCUAGGCCCCGACCCUGUCCCCUGCCUCGGGCCACCUCCCUGCCCUCACUGGACCCGCCAGGAGAGCUGCGGGAGGUGCCCCCAGGGCUGGAGCCGCCCAGCUCCCGGAGGGCACGCCUGGCUGAGCCCGGCCCCCAGAGCCUGCCCCCACUGCUGAGCCCGGUGCCCCAAGAUGAGCCAGUGUCUGGGCUCUACGCAUCCGUGUGCAAGCGGGCCAGUGGGCCCCCAGGCAAUGCCGAGCACCUCUAUGAGAACCUAUGCCUGCUGGAGGCAGGCCCCGUGCUGCCCAGGGAUAGGGACCCCGAGCAGGAGGAUCCCAGCUGCCGCAGCCCCCUGGCCAGCCCCAUCUACCACAACAGCGAGGACCUGGGCGGUCCGGGCCCUGCCCACGACAGCAGCCUCGAGGCCCAGUACCGGCGGCUGCUGGAACUAGAGCUGGGCGACAGUGAUGAAGCUGGGAGCUCUGGCCGCCCCAGUGCUCACACGGGCUUCAAGGCCAAGCUGGUGACUCUGCUGAGCCGUGAGCGGAAGAAGGGCCCAGUCCCCUGUGACCGGCCCUGAAAGCCCUGCGUGGCUCUGUGGCAGGAGGAAAGACAGGUGCUCUGCUGUUCCUGGGCCAGGGCCAACAAUGGACAUUGGGCCACAGCCCUGCAUCCACUCUGGCCUGCAGGGGUAAGGCAGGCAGGCUGGGGAGGACCCCUCCUGUGCCCCACCGGUCCCCCCUCCCCCGCCGUGUACAGUGAACAGGUUUGCUGGUAAUAAAACCUCCCAGCUCUG